AUGCCACUAUUUUUACGUGCUUUGUAUUCGGCUCUAAGCAAAUUUGUGUGGAGUCUAGCCUUGGCUUACGUGACUAUAGCUUGCUUUUAUGGUUUCGGGGGACCAAUAAAUGACUUUAUGUCACUACCAAUUUGGGUACCAUUAGGACGUCUAACUUACUGCACCUACUUGUGUCACUUUAUAGUUCUGUUCUACAUUGCAUGCAUGAGUAUCGAUGUUAUUCCUUUUUCAUCUAUAAUUCAUACAAUUAUUAUAUUUUGUGUUCCUUGUUGUGCGAUGUCAUGGUUGGUCGCUUACUGGUUGAGUAUUUUGUUUGAAAUGCCAUUCAGCAAAAUGGAGCUGAUAAUUAUUAAAAAAGUUAUGGGCAAAAAUAACUGA